AUGUUUACCAUCUACCUGUGGCUUGUCCUGCCAGUGCUGUUCUUCACCGAAGCACAAUACUUGGGUAAUACACGCGUUCAAACAUUGUUAACUGUUUCACUCAAUGAAAAAGCGUAUUAUGUAAUCAACACCCAGUCGCCUAUCGCUAAACAAGCCGAAGUUAUAUUUCACAGUAUCUUAUUUACCAUCGUUUGUUCAUCUAAAUAUAUGUCGAUCCAUCGUCUAUUUGAGCCAUUACAACAGUGUACAAGACAUAAUUAUAUAGUGACUCCUUACAAUAAGUGUAUUAUUAGUGUGCCAUAUUUAUUUAAAUGUGCUGAUGGUCAACAAUGUAUAUUACGCGUUUUUGUUAAUGAUGGUUAUAAAAACUAUGAUGAUUCAUCGGACAAAUCAUCAUCAACGCUACAAUGUACAAAAUCAAGAUUUGGUAUUGAUCCAGUACAGGGUGCGUAA